GUUGGUAGUGACAGUGACAGUGACAUUCGGAAUAAAUACUUCAAAGAGAAAAUUAAGAAAGUUCAAAAAGAAAUAAUUUAAACAAUACUAAGUAGAAAAUGUCGUAUGUAACAGGACCAAAUGUUGUUAAUUAUGCCUGUAGUUGCGGGUUGUUAAAACCGAUACCGUAUCUAUAUUUUUGCAGAUAUUGCACACAGCUUCGAUGCAGCUUUUGCGUGUGUCAUGAGGUUGAUUCAAAUUUUUGUGGAAAAUGUUCAGAAAAUAUUCCAACAUCGGAAGCCAGAGUAAAGAAAAAUAGAUGUGGAAACUGUUACAACUGUCCCAGCUGUGAGCAAGAAUUAUCUCCAAGAAUGGCAUCAACGAAAGCUCCAGCUGAAGGAGAAGAGAAGGUUACUACCAAGAAAAUGUAUUAUUUGUAUUGCCAAUUCUGUAGGUGGAGUUCUAGAGAUGUUGGUAUACCAGAUCAAUCUACAGUCACUGGAGGAUGGCCUGAAAGAGAAAAUGUCCAUGCUAAUAGAUUGCAGGAAUUAGUGGAUAUGUACAAGGCUAUAGUUGUUGCUCAGAAACAACAACAAGAAAAGGAUAAGAAGAAGCAAAGAGGAAAAUACGUGAGCUAUACAGAUAGAACUGGAGUAACGGCAGCUGCUCUCCGUAAGAGAAUUGGACUUCCAGCUGAUUUAACUCAUCCUCUGCUUAAAUCCAAGCCUAAAGAACCAGAACCAGCGAAAGCUGAAACAGAAGUGGAAAAGUUGCCUGCUGAUAUAUUCACUAAGCCCAUCAAUCUGAUGGAAAUAACAACUGUUAGCCAACGUCUUUUACAACCCGAAGCUCAACCUACAACUGUGGAUACGCUCUUUCCCGUUCAUAAGCAGCUUUCGAUCAAACGCACUCUCAGAUGUAGAACUUGUGAGCAUAACGUCAGCAAGCCAGAAUACAAUCCAUGUUCUGUUAAAUUUAAAAUUCAACUGUUUGCCUAUUAUCAUAUACCAGAAGUUCGAAUCGUCACAGUAGAGCCACUAAGAGCUGGAAAAGAAUGCGAAUUGAUCUUAAAAUUUACCAACCCAACUCAACAUCAAACUACCAUUAGUUUUUUGGAAUUAAAGCUUGAUGAAGAAGAGGAAGUACUUGAAAAUAAAAUGGUUCAAGUUACGGAGAGUGUUGAACAUUUAAGUGUUCAGGAGAAACAACAACCUUUGUCAUUGUCAAGUCAACCAAGCAGCCUAUUAAGUCUGUCAUCUAGAUCACCUUCUAUUGUAAUUAAACCAAGACAAAUCACUGAGCAAGUUAAUUGCUCAGUUGAAAUUCCUACCAGUAGUUUUAUUCUUCCUCCAAGAGAUGACGCUGCAGAGUACGAUGAUUCUGGGGAUACUCAUAAUAUUCAAGAUGAUACAAAGUUGGUAAAAUGGAGGAAAUCUAAUAAAGCCUUUAUAAAACUCCGUAUAACACCAAAUGGUGAUCUGCCGAUAAACACCGAGGUAGUGUGUGGUUUUGUGAUGCAGCAUAUUUACACCAAUGCUAUUACGGGACAGCUCGAAAAGAAGGAACCACAGAAGUACGAUCAUAGAGUAAAAGUAUUUUUAACACUUGGAAAACUAGUAGGAUCUGAGUAAUUAUUAAUUUAUUGUAGCGAUCACAGUAAAAAUAAAUUAUUAAGUCUACAAAUGAGCCAGGAGAGUUUGAUAUUAAAACAAUAAAGUAAGGGUUUAGUUAGCAAUUAACAAUCUUCGAUUUAUCCUAUAUGUGUAGUGAAUCUGUAGGAUAAGCGGUGUAAGAUUGCACAUUUAAGUAUUGAUUUCAAAAAAUGUACUAAAUCUCAACCAAAAAAAUUGUGAUUACUAGUUGGCUUUAUUAUACUCAAUUUUAAUGCAAUCAAUUAUAAACUAACGUAAUUUCUUACAAAAUGUUGAAUAAUCUUAAUUUGUUAUCCCAUGUUAGGCCACACCUACAUUGGAUCCGUAUUUCUCCAAUCCGAUCAGACGUCGGAUUAAAAAACAAACUCAUGGUAUUAAAAGACUGCACCCAUGAUACUAUAAAUAACGAGAUAGUAUCUUCCCGUAGCGCAAAUACGUCUGAGUUUGCGCAUGAUGACGUAACUGGAGACAGGAAGUUAAAUUUGAAUUCUUGUUAAAGUUAAAUGGGAUUUGUAUGCAUUCUGUGAUGAAAUUAUUCAAUUAGCAAAAAAACAUUAAACUUCAAUGUAUUCGAAAAAAAAUUAGUGUCGAGAUUCCUGUCAAAAUAACUGUCAAAGAUAAAAUAUAAAAUACACUUAAGAGUAUAAACAGUAGCGAUCAACAGGUAGCAACAAAAUAUAACUUCGGGAGAUAGUAUCAUAAACUUUGUCAACAGUGGUAAUCUUUGACAUUAUCUAUGAUUAAUAUUUUGAAGUAUCACAGUUGCGCUAAAUGGAAGUAAUAGAAAACGAUUGUAUUAUUAAUAAAUAGAUAUUUAUAAAAAUAAACCAAAAUGGGUGAAAAUUUUAUGUUAAGAUAGGUAUUUAGAAAGGUAUUUGCAUGAAAUAUCUAAUAAUAAAACAAUAAUAAAUAAUCAUUUUUUUUGUGAAGCAAAACAAAUUUCGAUUUUCGCAUAAUUUUGGCACGGUUUUUAAUGGACAUUUUCUUGGAAGGUUUCACUUUAUUUUUCGUUUGAUUUACUUUUUCCAUUUUGUCAAACUAUUGAUAAUAUUUUUAGAAUAAAAAAUCCUCCUAAAACUUUAUAUACUCGCAUUAGAGUUCGAAAUAUUUUUACGUAAAAUAUACGUGCCUACCUACAUAUAACUAAAACUCACAAUUAACAACAAUCUAUUCUUUCAAAGAGGCCAGCAACUUAUACAAUAACAACAAAUAUAUAAUAAAUUAACUAUCAAGAAACACUACUUUCCUAUGAAACAACAAAAACGAAUUCUUAAAUUAACACACUACUGUACUGAACAGAUAUCGAUAAAGAUGACAGAACAGAUUAGAAAAAAUCUGACGCAGGUUUGUCAAAAUGACAGUGAUAAUUUCUCUAUGUUGCCCAAUUAGUUAUUUAGUUAUAAAAUGUUCGAUUUCUUGUUAGAAAUACAAAAUUUGAGUAGUUCCAAGAUUACACAAAAUCUAUGCAUGGAAUAAAAAAGUGUAUUUGAAGAAAGUUUUUUUUUCUUCAUGGCGGUACAGGCUCCUUUUUUCAAUAUUUUAUUUAGUUAUAGAGUAAUUUCCACGUACUGACAUAUUUCUAAAAUUGGGCUCUGUACCGUCAUUCUUUAUUAUAUUACGAAUAUGUGUGCUAAAUAUCUCGACAAUAUAUUCAAAAUUAGAGCCGCAAUCUUGAAACGCGUUUGUUGCUACCUGUUGAUGGCUACUGUAGCCUCUUAACUUACAACCGCGAACAAUUAAACUAAUCGGACAUUACGAAUGAUCACGAACCAUUACGAACUUGUAGGUCUCCACUUACGUCACGACUUCCGGAUGUGCAAUAUAUUAUCUUGUUAUUUAUAGUAUCAUGGCUACACCUACAUUGAAGCCGUAUUUCUCCGAUCCGAUCCGAUAUCGGCCGAAGUCGAAGUGAGUAGUUUCUCCUAUCCUGCGCUUUAAUAGCUUGAGUUUGUUUUCAAUCUGACGUCGAAUCAAAUCGGAGAAAUGCUGAUCCAACGUAGGUGCAGCCAUGAUACUAUAAAUAACAAGAUAAUAUAUUGCACAUCAGGAAGUCGUCACGUAAGUGGAGACCUGCAAGUUCGUAAUGGUUCGUAAUCAUUCGUAAUGUCCGAUUAGUUUGAAUUGUUGGCGGUUGUAAGCUAAGUGUAUUUUAUAUUUUAUCUUUGAGAGUUAUUUUGACAGGAAUCUCGACACUAAUUUUUUUUUCGAAUACAUUGAAGUUUAAUGUUAUUUUGCUAAUUGAAUAAUUUCAUCACAGAAUGCAUACAAAUCCCAGUACUUUAACAAGAAUUCAAAUUCAACUUCCGGUCUCCACUUACGUCAUCAUGUGCGAACUCGGACGUAUUUGCGCUACGGGAAGAUAUUAUCUCGUUAUUUAUAGUAUCAUGGGUGCAGCCUCAGUAUGUCAUGAUCUAACCAGUACGUUGCUCGAGUUUUCUGGGACUCUAUUCUAUAAUAUCCUAUUCUCGCUUCUCUCUCAGCAAUGUGUAGAGGGAGGUACAGUAGGGUUCUCAUAGCUGUCGUUGCUGUGCCUCUCAUAACCAACAUCAUACCGUUACUGCUGUCAGAUGCGCAUGACGCAUUACGGCUUCAGGCGUCAUAUGCACAACAUUUGUUUACAGCGAAACAUCGAGUAAGCACCCAGGUGGUGUUAGGCAUAUUAUUAUACAGUGCUAGUCAAAAGUCCGUACCCCCCCGCGUAUCUUUUGAACGGUUAUACCUAUAAUAGUGAAAUUUGGAGGGCGGAAAUAAACGGACGUAAGCUUCUUAACUAGUCGUGACAGGUGUCGUAAUUAUGACAGAUGACUUUACAGCGCCACUGUGACAGAUAAUUUUAAAUGGGACCUUGAAAGGUAUUGAAAAUACCUAUUCAGCCAUACUAAUUUUGUUUGAGUUUAAGCUAAUUUUGAUCAAUAAAUGAAAUAAAUAUAAAAUUGUAGUUUCGCAUUUAAUUAAUAAAAAUUCAAAAUUCCGCAUACGAUUACCGAUUACUUGUCAAAAAGGUUGACGUUGACGUAAAAACUACUAGAGAAUUGAAAAACGUCAAUUUUUUUGACAAAGGAACCAUAGGCGGACAUUUUAAUUUUUAUUAAUUAAAUGCGAAACUACAAUAGUAUAUUUAUUUAAUUUAUUCACCAAAAUCAAAAUCAACUAAAACCCAAAAAAAUAGUAUGACUGAAUAGGUAUUUUGAAUACCUUUCAAAUGAGGUAUCACUUGCCAUAAGGUCCCAUUUAAAAUUAUCGGUCACAGUGGCUCUGUAACGUCAUCUGUCACUAUUACGUCACCAGUCAUGACUAGUUAAGAAGCUUACGUCCAUUGAUUUCCUCCCUCCAAAUUUCACUAUUUUAGAUAUAACCGUUCAAAAGAUACGAGGGGGGUACGGACUUUUGACUACCACUAUAUGUUGUCAGCAAUGGACAAUAUAUGUUGGACAUUUUCCAAACUUUAUCCAGUACAUCAAAGUUAUUAUUAUCAAAAAAAAAUGACUCAUAGACGGCUCAAUUAUUAUCAACAUCUUCUAAACUACAUCGUCGUCUAUUUCUGAAAUUGACAGCCUUACAGAAAUCAUCCAGAUUUCAAUAAAUUUUUGAGGUGGUUUGUCAAUGAUGUUUUAUUAAAGAUUAUAAACUGUUGCUUGUUUAUAAAAAAUAUUUAGCUUAGCAAUUUUUUUCAUAUAAUUUCACAUUAUACCCCAUUCCACGAAUAUACGACCCUCUUGGAUUAUCGCGACAACGAAUAUUUUACUGUGCAAAAUAUGAAGAACGAAAAUAAAUUGCAAAUUAUAUUGUUGUUUAUUGGAGUAAUUAUUAGAGCAAAAUACUUUCGUACUUCUUAUGUUGCACACUAAAAUAUUUGUUGUUGCGAUAAUCCAAAACAGUCGUAUAUUCGUGGAAUAUACCAUAAUUUAAUUUUACUGUGAUUUUCGUAUAUGUAUAUCUAACUUAUAUUUGCACAUUUUUUUAUAGCGUAAGUUAAUAUUUAUGUCAGCUUUCAUUAGUGAGGUAGGCUUUGAGUUUUUAUAUCUAUUUAAAUUAUUUUAUAUAUGCAAUAAAACUAUUAAUGUUA